AUGGCCAGAGCAGCCAAAGGGACGGAGAGGUUGAGGCCAAUCCAGAAACCUUCCGCUCUCACACUGAAGCUCCCACUCACACCCUCCACCAUGAAGGUCUCCCCGGCUCUUCUGUGCCUGCUGUUGGCAACAGCCACCUUCAGCACCCAGGUGCUUGCUCAACCAGAUUCCGUUUACAUCCCAGUCACCUGCUGCUUUGGUAUGGCCAGUAAGGCGAUCCACAUCCGGAAGCUGAAGAGCUACACGAGAAUCACCAAUACCCAGUGUCCCCAUGAAGCUGUGAUCUUCAUAACCAAAAUGGACAAGAGCGUCUGUGCCGACCCCCAGAAGAAGUGGGUCCAGAAUUCCAUGGCUCUCCUGGACGGCAAGGCCCACGCCUGA